AUGUGGAGAGUAUUCAAACAAAAACUAGGUAAAAAUGCGAAAAAAGAUAGAAAUAUAAACCAGAUUUAUGAUGAUAGGAAAAAUUUAAUAAAUAAUCAUACAGAUAUUGCUAACCAUUUCAACUCUUACUUUAGUAGCAUCGGCAAAACAUUGAGUGAUCAAAUAGUGCAACCAAUGAAUAAUGGAGGAGUAGACAACAUAAACUCUAAAUCACUAAAAACUCUAACACAGUACAUAGUAGACCCACUGGUAAUAUUGGUCGCACGAACGUGUCAGUUGUAUCCAAAUGCUGCCCCAGCAACUUUAAUACAGAAAUUCUUCCAGAUCUUCUCAAUAUGGGAGUGGCCAAGACCAGUGCUACUAAAAUCUGUUAAAAAAGUUCAUUUAGGCUUGCAAGUGUGGGAUCCUCGGGUAAAUGCUGCAGACAGGCCACCUUAUCAGCUUAUGCCAAUCAUUACACCUGCUUACCCUCAGCAGAAUUCGACUUUUAAUGUAACCAUUUCUACGAGGACAAUAAUGGAGGAGGCAAUAAAGACUGGGUUAGCCAUUACAAAAGAUGCCAUGGGUAAAGCUUCGUGGGACAAACUUUUCGAACCACCAAAUUUCUUCGACAAAUACAAACAUUUUGUAAUUUUGUCAGCAAGUAGUUUACCUGAAGAUGCUCAAUUAGAAUGGUCAGGAUUUAUUGAAUCGAAGAUACGACAUUUAAUAGGAUCAUUUGACAGGAAUCCGAACAUUACAUUGGCCCACAUUAAUCCAAAGUCAUUCCCAUCGCUAAAGCCUGAAGCAGACGAACACGUUUGUAUGUGGCUUAUAGGCUUGAAAUUCAGAAAAGCCGAAAAUCUGAAUAUUGACCUAACUUCAGACAUUAAGUCAUUUAUUGAAACGACUGAGAGACAAGCGAAAAAAAUUAAUAAUUUGUUUAAAAAUGGUAUGUUUUUACAAAAUUAUAUCGCUGCAAACCAGAUCAAAAGAGGAAGGAAAACAUCGAGCAAUACUCAGCAAAAUUAAAAUGCCAAGCUUAACGGAGGAGUUUCUUCAAGAAAUAAAAGUAAUGAGACGCUCAGGAAGAGUUCAGAUGAGAGUCUGGAAAGUAAUAAUAAUAAAUGCAAAGUUCAAAAUAGUAAGCAGCAACAUCAACAGUCACAGUCAAUUCCAAUCUCCAGCAACUCAGGGUUUGGUAAUAGAGGAGUAUAAGCCAAAUUCAACGCCUGCUAAGACUUGUCGCGCUAU